CUAACAGUCUAGGAAGAAAAGAUCAUGCAAACUACUGUUUCUUGUGCUGCACUGAAGCUCUGCCAGGAAUCAGAUCCUUAAAGGGCAGCUCUACACAACGACCAGCUCAGAGGCAUGAGCCAGACCAACAGUGCCUCAAACUCUUUUUGCCUGGAUAGAUGACUCCGUAAUGGCAGCUCCAUAAUGGAGGCUGGUGAGGCCAGGGUGUCCAUGAGAAUUGUUAUCCUGCUGCUCUGGCUUGGGGUGUUUCUAUCCCCUUCUUGCCUCUCCCAGGCAAGGCUUUCUCAACACCUCAGCUCCCCAGAAGUGGUGGUCCCCCUGAAGGUGACAAGCAAGGGCAGAGGUUCACAGGUUCCGGGCUGGCUCUCCUAUAGCAUUCAGUUAGGGGGCUGGAGACACAUUAUCCACAUGAGGGUCAAGAAGUUCCUGGUUUCCAGACACCUACCAGUGUUCACCUACACAGACCAGCAUGCCCUCCAAGAGGAUCAGCCUUUUGUUCCUGAUGACUGCUACUACCAUGGUUAUGUGCAGGGGGUCCCAGGGUCCCUGGUUGCCCUCAGUACCUGUUCUGGAGGUUUUCGAGGAAUGCUACAGAUAAAUGACCUUGCUUAUGAAAUCGAGCCCAUCAGGCACUCUACCACAUUUGAACACCUGGUGUAUAAGAUAGAUAGUGAUGAUGUACAGUUGCCACCUAUGAGAUGUGGCUUGACAAAGAAGGAUGUAGCACACCAACAACUGGGAUUAGAAGAGGCUGAGAAAACAAUUCUGAAGCAAAAUUCAACUGAUAGCUGGUGGGCCCACUCAUGGUUUCUGGAGCUGGUUGUGGUGGUAGAUCGAAAUUUCUUCCUUUACUCCCAAAGUAACUUCUCAAAGGUGCAGGAGGAUGUAUAUCUUGUUAUCAACAUAGUGGAUUCCAUUUAUCAGCAGUUGGAUACCUAUGUGAUUUUGAUUGCGAUUGAGAUUUGGAAUCAUGACAAUGUUUUCUCAAUGAUAAGCAUAGAACAGGUUCUGGAGGAUUUUGCUCAGUGGAAACAAAUCAGUCUUUCGAGGCUACAGUGUGAUGCUGCUCAUAUUUUCAUUAAAGAUUCACUUAUAAGUACACUUGGUAUAGCCUAUGUUGCAGGAAUAUGUCGCCCUCCUAUUGACUGUGCAGUUAAUAAUUUCCAAGAAGACCCCUGGUAUCUUUUUGCCCUCACCGUGGCCCACGAGUUAGGCCAUACUUUGGGUAUGCAGCAUGAUCAAGAAUUCUGCUGGUGUGGGCAAAGUGGUUGCAUCAUGAGUGCUAUUAGAAUGCCAGCAGAGAGAUUCACCAACUGUAGUUAUGCAGCUUUUACAAAGACUACUUUAAACCAAGGAUCAUGUCUGCACAAUCUUCCAAGUACAGGGGAAACGCUUGUGCUGAAGCGCUGUGGAAAUGAUGUGAUUGAAGAAGGAGAGCAGUGUGACUGUGGGUCUCUAAAGCAGUGUGAACAAGAUCCCUGUUGUCUGUUGAACUGCACGCUGAGCCCUGGUUCUGCUUGUGCUUUUGGGCUGUGUUGCAAAGACUGCAAGUUCAUGCCAUCAGGGGCUUUGUGCAGACCACAGAUCAGUGAAUGUGACCUUCCAGAGUGGUGCAAUGGGACAUCCCACCAGUGCCCAGAAGAUGGAUAUGUGCAGGAUGGGAUUCCCUGUGGUGACAAUGCCUACUGCUAUAAAAAGAGUUGUAAUAGCCGUGACAAACAGUGCAGGGAGAUUUUUGGUGAAGAUGCAAAGAGUGCAUCUCAGGAGUGCUACAAAGAAAUCAACUCCCAGGGAAGCCGUUUUGGCCACUGUGGUCUAAAUAGUACUACAUACCUAAAAUGUAAUACCUCAGAUAUCUUCUGUGGGAGAGUUCAAUGUGAGAAUGUAAGAAACAUUCCCUAUCUAAGAGAUCACUCUGCUUUGCAGCACACUCAUAUCAAUGGUGUCACCUGCUGGGGUGUCGGUCAUCAUUUAGGGAUAAACACACCUGAUAUUGGUCAAGUGAAAGAUGGCACCAUGUGUGGUUCAAGAAAGAUCUGCAUACAGAAGAAGUGUGUCAGUGUCCCUCUCCUAUCACAAGUCUGCCUGCCUGAGACCUGCAACAUGAAGGGAAUCUGCAAUAAUAAACAUCACUGCCACUGUGGCUAUGGGUGGUCUCCGCCCUACUGCCUGCACAGAGGCUAUGGAGGUAGUGUUGACAGUGGCCCAGCAUCUCCCAGAAAAGUAUUCUUUCCAGUUAUGAUUCUUAGUUUGUCUGUUUUGCUCCUACUGUUGAUUAUUGUAUUUAUAUAUCUCCAGAAACGUUUGGGUCCCUAGAAGACCAAGGCUCACCCUUCAGAUUAAUAAAAUGCCUCUAAUUCAAUAUCUUAUGCAUUAUAAAGUUUUAGUUUCUUGGAGGUAGAAAUGUUGCGU